CGUAGUUCGGAGGCGCUGGGCGGGCGACGCAGCGGGUCCUGGUGGGAAAUUUGAGGAAGUGUGUGUUUUGAACUUUUGAGUGUGUGUGCCGCUGUGUGUUCCCUCAAAGCAUGGCUCUCAACUAUCAGACCUCCACCCUUUCUUUGACUUUGCCGAUUUCGUGUCAGAUAUGUCUCGGAAAGGUCAGGCAGCCGGUCAUUUGUGGCAACCACCACGUGUUCUGCUCCUCCUGCAUGGAAAUGUGGUUAAAGAAAGCCAGCCAGUGUCCCACCUGCAGAGUGGCCAUCACGGCAGAAAACCCGUGCAGAGAAAUCCUCGGAGGCACAAAUGAGAGUGAUCACAGUGACAGUCCGUCCAUGAGAAAAUAUCUCCGGAAAACCAGAGGAGAGCUGCUCUUACGCGAGUAUGAGGAGGAGAUUGACGGGCUCAUCAGAGAAAACGAGGAGCUGAAAACAAAAAAUCUAAGUCUGGAGUCACAACUGAAGACCGCUUUGGAUCCCUGCAGCAUUAAUACAGUGCAAACGGAUGACAAAAAGGUUGACCCAUUUGUCCUGGAAGAAUGGACCAACAAGCUGCGAGCUGCCACAGAUGUUUGUGAUAAAGUAAAGCAGGAUAUGGACAAGCUUAAAGAGGCAAAUAAGGCUUUACGAUCUCAAAAUGUCGACCUCGUACAAGAGAAUAUGAGAUUGAAAGCAGAGGUGGCGAGCAGAUCUCCUCAGAAGUUUGGUCGUUACACAGUGGCAGCACUGGAAGCUAAAAUCCAGCAGUACGAGCGUAAUGUGGACCACUUGAAGAGGGCUCUGGAGCGCAGUGACCAGUACAUUGAAGACCUGGAGUCUCGAGUCAGUAAGCCUGAGAAGAAAUCUCUUGAUGUGCAGGAAGCGUGUGGGAGUGGCAAGGCUGGGUCAGAAGCUUUCACACAGCAACAGAAAAUCAACAUGAUGAUGAGAAGCUUGAGUGACAAUGAAAGGGUGUUGAUCUGCAGCAAUCCUGAGGCAGAAUGUCGAACAUUUUCAAGAGAUCACAGUUUGAUGUUCAUGCCAUCUGCAGAUCACAAACAGCUAAACAAAAAUCUGACUGAAGACCAGAAAAAUGAGGACUUGGAAAGCACCUCCUCUGACUUUUUGCCCACCACUCCGUCCUCCGCCUUCAGGUCCCUGACUCUGAGAAGCCCUGGCAUACGAGAGAAGAAAGUUGCAUUUAAACCCGUGUCUUAUCUGAGGAGGCUUGAUUUUGAAGAAUUCCCUUCUCCUGGCAAGAGUAGCAGCACCAUGGAGAACCAAUUCAACAGCCUCGACAAAUUCCCCAAAAGCUCGCUCCCCAAUACUGACGCUGAACCCUCCAAGUCUGCCUUCUGGGGUGGUUGGCAGAGAUCUAUAUCUGAUGACCAAUCAUGUCCAAGUCCAAAUAAAGAAAGCCCUGUUGAAGGAGCCGGAGCCGCAUCCGCUGAUCUUAUAGGUGAUAAGCCUGAUAGUUUCCACAUGUCCAGCGAGGCCUCCAUGGAUGCCGCUUAUCUUGACAAAAUCUCCGAGCUGGACUCCAUGAUGCUGGAUGGAGAGAGUUCCAGUAGCAGGGGAUCACAGCUGUCCCUGGCUUCCUCCACUGCCGCAGACUUGGACAACACUCUUGUCUCGGAACCACAAACCUGCCCCGACGUCUUGUCCAGCCACGGCGGCAAACCUGUGAUACAGUGUGACCAGAAGAGCCACCCGCCAUGCAAAAACACGGAUGGCACCUUGAAUGACAAAGAGGCUCCAAAAGAGUCUGCAGAAGAAAGUUUUGCUUCACUGGAGUCAGGUAGCGAGGGCAGUGCCCAUGACCCUGACUGUGCAGAGCUUGGAGGGUCCUCUCAGACUGAUGAGCUGUCUUUUGAUUUGCUGUUUGAUUCGCUGGAAGAGAAUAAGGCUGGUCCCUCCGGCUCUGUCAGUCCAGCGAGCCAAGACAAUGACCGUGUAGGCCCUUCCUCCUCCUGCUCAUCAUCAAGCUGCACUAGUAAACCUGUGAACACAACAAGAGAGAGACACGCACUGAACAUCAGCCAGCCAACAAAGAGAAAGUCUCACAGUCCCUUUAACACAAGCAGUCCCACAAAACUUUCGAAGCUCAUGUGAAGGUUUUAAAACCUGAACCUGUGUGUUCUCACUGUAGUGUGUUUUCGGUCAGGCCUCACAGCCACACAUGGCUUUAACUCCAUGUUGCUUCAGAAUAAAUUUGUGAGCUUGA